CCACACUACAAUCUCACAAAAUAGUACACUGAGUGAAAAGGCUAAGUAAAAUCUUUUUUCACCAUGAAGAUAAAGAUAACUAGCAAAACCCAUGUGCAACCAAACAAGCCGAUACUAGGGAAGAAACAAUUCCAUCUCACCACAUUUGAUCUUCCUUACCUAGCUUUCUACUACAACCAGAAGUUCCUGCUCUACAAGUUCGAGAACCUUCUAGAUCUCGAGGAAUCCACUUUCCAAAACAAUGUCGUGGGUAAGCUCAAGGAUGGUUUGGGCUCGGUUCUUGAAGACUUCUAUCAGCUUGCCGGUAAGCUGGCCAAGGACGAGGAAGGGGUCUUCCGAGUUGAGUACGACGCUGAAGACGAAGAGAUCAACGGCGUGGAGUUCUCGGUUGCUGAGGCUGCUGACGUCAGCGUCGAUGAUCUCACAGCUGAGGACGGGACGGCUCAGUUCAAGGAGUUGGUUCCGUACAACGGGAUCUUGAACUUGGAAGGACUUAGCAGGCCUCUCCUUGCUGUCCAGGUGACCAAGCUUAAAGAUGGGCUUGCAAUGGGCCUAGCUUUCAAUCACGCGGUCCUUGACGGAACUGCCACAUGGCACUUCAUGUGCUCAUGGGCCGAGAUCUGUCGCGGAGCCCAAACCAUCUCGACACAACCAUUUCUCGACCGAGCCAAGGCACGUGACACGCGCGUGAAACUCGACCUCGCUUCCCCAAAGGACCCUAACGCGUCCUCCAACGGCGACGCCACGGCUGAACCGCCGCAGCUCGUGGAGAAGGUCUUCAAGUUCUCCGACUCAGCCAUCCACACGAUCAAGUCAAGAGCCAACUCAGCCGUCCCACCCGACAACGGCUCAAAGCCCUUCUCCACUUUCCAGUCCCUCACGUCACACAUCUGGCGCCACGUCACCCUCGCGCGUGGGCUCAAACCCGAAGACAUCACCGUCUUCACCGUCUUCGCCGACUGCCGCCGCCGCGUCGACCCGCCGAUGCCGGAGGAGUACUUCGGAAACAUGAUUCAGGCCGUCUUCACGGGAACGGCGGCGGGGAUGCUUGCGGCGCACGGGCCGGAGUUCGGAGCCUCCGUGGUUCAGAAAGCCAUCGUGGCGCACAACGCGCGUGUGGUGGACGCGCGGAACGAGGAGUGGGAGAAGUCGCCGAAGAUAUUCCAGUUCAAAGACGCGGGAGUGAACUGCGUGGCGGUGGGGAGCUCGCCGAGGUUCCGUGUCUACGAGGUGGACUUCGGUUGGGGUAAACCGGAAACGGUUAGGAGCGGUUCGAAUAACCGGUUUAAUGGGAUGAUGUAUCUGUACCCGGGGAAAGCUGGAGGUGUGAGCAUCGAUGUGGAGAUCACGCUUGAAGCUCAUGUCAUGGAGAAGCUAGAGAAGAGCAAAGAGUUUUUACUGGUCGAGGAGGAAGAAAAUGGAAGCAAGCUCACCAAUGGCAAUGGUCAUGGUCAUGGUCAUGCUAAUGGUAACGGGUUCGUUUGAGUCGAUCAAAAUUCAAAGCAGUUUCGUUAAUGUGAAAGACCUCUAGUUAUCGUAAUAAUAUUGCUCUUUUGUUGAUAAUAAUCAGCAGAAUGCUGACGUGUGAGUUAAGUAAUUUGAUUAUGUUGUAGUAUGUUGGAUUUGAACUUUGGAGUGUUUGGGACAUGUACCAAAAUGGCUUCUUGCUGUUUGAAUUAA